AUGAUUUCACAAUCACGACACAAACGAGGAGUUCUGUCGGAAAACGGACAUCGCAGGAAACGCAUGAAGGGAAACAUUGGGCAUUCUAAACACAACGUUCAGACGAAAAAUAAAAAUAAGAAGCACACUUUGAAGUCUUCGCAUCAGCUCGUCACGAAAAAAACGAAAAGUCCAAAGUCAAGCAAAAGAAAUAAUACUCAAAAAAUCGGAAUGUCUGCCAAAACAAUCGAUGAGUCGCGGAUAGAGAAAAGGGAAUCCGGAAAUAACUAUUUCAUCGAUGAUAUUGACAGUGCUAACGAGCAAGCGGAAGUCUUAAUUGAUCGGAAAGAAGAUGCGUCAUUAAUAAAUAAUAGAAGUUUGGUAGAACAGAACGCUGUAUUGUUACCUUUCGUGCACACCGGAAAAGCGGAAUUGCACGUUCGUAUCGAAAAGAUUUCUACGGAUAAGCCUUCGUUUAUUAGUCCUAAUCAUUGGACGGAUCAUUCUGUCGAGACUAGUCCUUGCUCGAUUAUGUUACCGAAAUAUAAUACGAGCGAUGAAAUUCACGAUGUUAACGUCACAAAUGUUGCCCCAAAUUUCGACUCCGCUGAAAAAAAGGAAGCUAAUAAUGUAAUAUUGGAGAUUACACUGAAAAAGCAAGAUCUCGGAAACGUGUUUGGCCAGAAAACAAGCGAUUCUGAAAAUGUGUCAUUCUAUAAUGGGGAAGCCGAGGCGGAAGCUCAUUCGGAUGAAUCCAACAUGCUGAGAAUCGAGAACAACCAAAAUAGAGAAAAAGAAAAGUACGAUCGCACGAACGAGAUGUCUGUAGAACUAUCGGGCGAGGAAACAAAGUUGCGAGCGAAGAGAAAUCAGCAAGUUAUGUCUAAAUAUUUAAAAAAUGAUGAGAAUUUGAAGGAAUCGACACAUUUCAAAGACGCCGAACAAGGAAUCGGAGACACGAAGAGUAAGAAGACAAGGCACAGAAAAAAUCGAGGUAAUCCUGCUGUGAGAUCAAUCGAAGAAAUGAAGGAUCUUGCCGAAAAGUUAAUCGCCAAAAUAAACGAACUGCAAGUAUAUGUGAAUAAUCGUAAUGAAACUCUAUGUGAAGGAAAUUCCUGUAAAAAUGCAGAACGCCUGAUUAUCGAGGAACCGAAGGCCACUUUGAAGAAGAAAAACAUUUUGAGGUCUAUAUCCAAGAUUGUCGAGAACACUGACAAUCGCCAGCGCUUCGCAAAGGAAGCGAUUUUAGCAGGUAAAAGGUCAUCUCGAAUGCAUUCUAACGGUUUGAGAUUCGCGCGAGGAGAGUAUCAAACGAGGAGAUCACGUCGCAAGUGGGGCAGGUGGAUGGAUUGGAGCAGCUGUAGCGUCACCUGCGGCAAGGGUCGACAGAUCAGGUGGCGGCAUUGCUUGCACGACUGUAAUGACGCGGAAACCGAGAUGGAAGAGAAAGCGUGCCAAUUGCCGGCCUGUCCUCCGGGUAAGUUCCUUGGAAUAUUUUGAAAGAUUCUUCCUUCGGUAGACGAUGAUUGGCGAUCGAUAUUUUGCAGUGUAUCAGCGAUGUUCUCUGUACCAUAAUUAUUAAAGAAAUGUUAUGUA